AAAUAAGUAGGUUCGUAUGUAACUCUUGUUUAUCUCGCAUUUAUCUCGUGCUAUCGAAUUAGUAAAGCCUCGGCUAUUUUCCUGGUUUGUUGUCGAAAACUAGUGAAAAUUUAGCCCCGCAGGGGCUGAUAAGAAUCGAAAAUGGCGACAGUUAAAAGAAUGUUUGUUUUCGUAACGUGCAUUUUAUCCAGUCUUGGUGUUUUGAUGUCGUUGGUGUCGAUUAUAACGAAAGAGUGGGUGCAUUCGGAUAAAAUUGAAUUUGCGGAAACUCUUCAAAGAGUAAAAUAUGGAUUAUUCGAUGGUACUUUUACUAAGACUUAUACUCUAGCGACUGAGCCUCUUACUAUGACUUGUUGGGCCAAAAAGAACAUAUGCGCCUACUUAAGUGAACCUACGAGCGAUCAAAGGCAAGAGGUUUUGGCCCAAAUCUACGACCAACUUUCGAAAACCAAUCAAGUUUCAAACUUUAUCAAUUGCGGCGUUUGGGUAACAACGAUACUUUUCCUAGUUUUAUCUAUGUUACUGGGUACAAUUUCCGCUGCUCUGGCAUUUUAUAAUACAGUUACGAAUCCGACACAAGUUUAUUUGAGCGUGUAUUCUUUAUACGUUUACAACGCCACAGCUCUAUUUACUCUUAUGAUAUCCAUGCUGUCUUGGGGCGUUCUGUACCACAAAACAAUAUAUCACAACGUUGCCAUUGAGUCGACUUUAACCAACCAAAUGACGUCAGAUAAAACUGCUGUAUUAGGGUAUUCGUAUUGGUUGAACUUGGUUCCUGUUGUGUUAUACAUAGUCAGCAUUUGCGUACUGUACCUGAGGCAGUACUUGAUAUCUAGGGAUCCGAGUGAAAAAAUUGUGGUGAGGAACGAGGACGGUGCAAUUAUAAUUUACUGAACAGUUAAAGUUUUAUUUUCUAAUUAUUGCAAUGUCUAAGUUUAGAUUUUUGAAAGUUAUGGAAUAGUAAAUCAAUUAACAAUUCUCCAGUUAAACCUUAAAGCUGCACCUGUUAUUGACUGACUGAAUGGAUAUAUUUUGUGAUUUUCUAUUUGUUUAGUAAUCAAAUGAAAUGUUGCGUUGUAAUAAAUACUCUCAGGCUAUAUCUCAAUUCUUAAAAAGAAUUUUACUCAAUAGUCACUAAACACUUCAGAAACAUCUCAUUAAUAAUUUUAAAUUAUACAAAACGACCCAUUAUAACAUACACAUACCCCAAAAAUAUA